GUCCGCCAUCAUAUUUCAAAUGCAACGACGGCCCUUGUAUACCAAUGCGCUGGAAAUGUGAUUCUAAACGCGACUGUGUGGAUGGUUCCGAUGAGCUGCACGAUUGCGCGAAUGCAUCCAAGUGUAAUGAGGGUCAAUUUCAGUGCGAAAAGAGUCAGAAGUGUAUUCCCAAAAAUUGGUUUUGCGAUGGUGAAUUAGACUGUGGCAUUUCUGAUAAUUCGGAUGAAAAAAAUUGUCCCUCGGAUACUGUUAAAUGUUUAUCCUACCAAAGCGAGUGCAAAAAUGGUGUCUGUCUGGAUAUUUCGCGUUUCUGUGAUGGUGUCUGGGACUGUGAUAAUGAUGAGUUAAAUUGUGAAACUCAAGAUGCCAAAUGUGCCAAUUUAAAUUGUUCCUUCAACUGCAAACUAACGCCGCAAGGUCCAACUUGUUAUUGUCCACCUGGGCAAGAACCUGUCAACGGUACACAAUGUGUCGAUUAUGAUGAGUGCUCCGUUGAGGGAAUGUGCGACCAGUUCUGCCAUAAUACGCCAGGUUCAUACGAAUGCUCUUGUGCCACAGGUUAUCUAAAACAAAAGAAUCGUUGCUUCGCCAUAAAUGUGCCCAAAACGGAGAAUGCUUCACUGGUAUUCGUAACUCAGUCGGACGUGCGUCGUGUAAACACAACCGGCGAGUUGUUAGGACACUUUGAGUCACCCGAUGUAUCCGCCAUUGAAAUUUGGCAUCGUAAUCGCACUCUCUGCGCCAUGUACUCCAGUGCUUGGACGACUAUUUAUAUGAAAUGUCAUCGCAUCGAUGAUUUAAGCGUGAGCUGGACAAUGCCACUACCUGAAAUAAUUACUUGUACGCAUUCCAUCGAUAAAUUACGUUUGGACUGGAUAUCGGGAAAUUGGUAUUUCAUAAGUAAUGAGCCUGGUUUGAUGUUCAUGUGCACGAAUAACAUGCAAUAUUGCAGCGUUAUAUUGGAGGAGGUGAAUAGUCCCUCCUCCAUGGUAUUGGAUCCCACUAAAGGGUUCAUUUUCUUUACCGAGUGGAGUCCAAGCUUGUCACGUGCCAAUCUUGAUGGUAGCAACCGUACGGUGAUAGUAUCAACACAAAUUUUCUAUCCGAGCCGUGUGACAUUGGAUCUGCCCAAUGAACAUGUCUAUUGGAUUGAUAUUUAUAAGGAUUUUAUUGAGCGCACUGAUUACGGAGGACACAAGCGCUGGUCGCUAAAGAAAACUGCAGAUACACAUAUUCCUGUUAAGUCCCUACAUGCGAUUGAAGUUUUCGAGAAUACUGUGUACAUUGCCCCUUGGACUGAUAGUGUGAUAAUAACCAUGAACAAAUUUACCCUUAAGGCUGAACAAAUCGUUAAAAAUGUUAAACGCCCGUACGAUUUCAGAAUAUUCCACCGUCAGAAGCAACCAGAGGUUGCACAUCCUUGUCGUGAGAACAAUGGCAAUUGCAAUCAGAUUUGUGUGCCGUUUUGGACAAAAAAUUUUGCGACUGCGAAAUGCAUGUGUACGUCAGGAUAUAAAUUACGGAAUCGGACAGAUUGCGAGCUCGUUCGAUAUGACAAAUUUUUACUAUACUCCAAGCAACGUUUGGGCAGUAUCACAGGUGUACCAUUAACGAAUCAAGAUGUUCAGCAUGGAGAAUAUCGUGACGCAAUGGUGCCAAUAUAUAAUGUUACUUGGCCACUGGGUUUGGAUGUUGAUGUACGGAAGAAGAUGGUGUAUUUCAUCGAAAUGAAUUCGAACGCUUUACAUAUACAAAGUCAAUCUAUAGAUGGUUCGGAAAGACAACUUAUUGCUAAAGUAUCAGAAAGUGUGUCAAUUUUAGCUUACGAUUGGAUAUCACAAAAUAUUUAUUGGGGUGGAGUGGAAAGCAUUCAUGUUGCACCAUUGAGCAACAUGAGCAAGAUCGUAAGUCUACCAAUAGGCCAUGAACCCAUGUCGAUAGCAAUUGAUCCUAUCACAGGCAUGUUGUAUUGGUCACAAUGGUACUCUUUUUCCAAGAAAGCCACUAUAAACGGAGCUUGGAUGGAUGGCACACGCAAACAGUUAUUUGCAGAGUCAACAAAAGAAAUGCCAAUUAAAUGGCCUUUGAGUUUAAACAUUGAUCAUCGCAGUAAAAAAAUUUAUUGGUGUGAUGUUAAGGAGGGGACUAUUGAACGUAUGAAUUAUGAAGGCUUGGAACGAGUAGUUUUAUUUAGAGACGAACAGUAUCAUCCGUUAUCCAUUGCCUAUUAUAAUGGUUUUGUUUACUGGGUUGAUAACAAAAAUGGUACAAUACGUCGUUUUAAUGUACAUCACGCUACCAAAAGUAAUGUAAAAAAUUUUACUUCUGAGAUUCAUUCCAAUGAACGUGGGCGGACUUCGAAUUUGAAAAUAUUCGAUUUAAACACUCAGCCACUUGUUCAAAAUAACUCUUGUGCACAAACAAAAUGCCCAGGUGUUUGUCUGUUUACCCCAAAAGGACCAGUUUGUCGUUGUCCCGACAAAUAUGUAUUAAACGGCUCUAAAAAUCAAUGCGUUCCACAAGUUGAUACACCCCAAAAUUGCAGCUCUGCAUUUCAAUGCUCUAAAUCUAAACAAUGUGUUGAUCGUAAAGAUCUCUGCGAUGGUUUCGAUGAUUGCGAUGAUGGAAGUGAUGAAAGCAGUGACGUAGAUGGCCCUUGCAAUCCAAAAAUAUGUGACUUAAAUCUGCAUUUCGUGUGCAAUAGUCGUUGCUAUCAACGCGCACUUAUGUGCAGUUCCAUUACUUAUUGCUCUGAUGGUUCCGAUCAAACAAAUUGUGAAACCAAUACUUGCAAUUCGAAUGAGUUUACUUGUGCUAAAAGUGGCAAAUGUAUACAACUAUCUUGGGUAAAUGAUGGCGAGGUGGAUUGCGGUCCCGAUGAUUCUUCCGACGAAAUGUUUGAAGAGGAAAAAUGCCCAGAGUUUGAAUGCAAAAAUAAUAAGUGUCGUCCAUUCUCCGAUGUUUGUGAUGGUGUUGAUCAAUGCGGCGAUAAUUCCGAUGAACAUGGAUGUGAAUUUGAGUGCGGUAUUGGUGAAAACUAUUGCGUACCAGUAGGUUGUUAUAAUGAAGCUACUCACAGAUGUGAUGGAAUACAUGAUUGCCUGGACUUUAGUGAUGAGGCAAAUUGUAAUGAAACCAAGAGUGAUAAUCAUCCCAUUGAUUUAGGAGAAACACUAAUUUGUGGUCCAUUUGAAUUUGGUUGCACAGAUCCUUUUGAAUGUAUACCUGAUUUCUUACGUUGCGAUGGCAUAUCCCAUUGUUUCGAUAAAUCAGAUGAGUUUAAUUGUACUCAUAUAAAUCAAUCUAAAGUUGAUUUCAAUGACACAAUAAUUAGUUGUGAAGCUCCGGACCGUGCUUGUGCAGUUUCUGGUAAAUGUGUAUCUAUUGACCAAUUGUGUGAUGGUAAUAUUGAUUGCGAAGAUACUACCGAUGAAGGUUUUCGUUGUGCUGACAAACUUUGUGAACAAUCUCAUGAAUGUUCGCAUUCUUGUCAUAACGCACCGGAAGGUUAUGUUUGCUCUUGUCCUCUGCAUAUGUAUCUCCAACCCAAUGGAAAACGAUGUAGUAUGCAGCAUUCAUGUGAGCACUGGGAUACCUGUUCGCAAAUAUGCGAAAAUACAGGAAAAGGUUACAGUUGUAAGUGCCAUGAGGAAUUUGCACUUCAAUAUGAUCAUUUCAGUUGCAAAAGUACUGCUGCUGAUGAACCAUAUGUAAUAUUUACUAAUCGUCAAGAAAUACGUGGUGUGAAUUUGAAAACUUCUGUAGUAAGUAAUUUUUAUACGGCACUUCGCAACACAAUAGCGCUUGAUUUCUUCUACAACAAUGAAUCAGUGCAAAUUUUUUGGACUGAUGUGAUAGAUGAUAAAAUCUAUAGAGGGCAUUUAGUUGGAGAAAGUUUGCGUAGAGUAGAAGCUGUUGUACACUCUGGUUUAUCAACUACGGAGGGUUUAGCUGUUGAUUGGAUUGGGAUGAAUCUUUACUGGAUUGAUUCAAAUUUAGAUCAAAUUGAAGCAGCUAAAUUAAAUGGAAGUUAUCGUCGCACGCUUAUUGCUGGUGAAAUGGAGAGUCCACGUGCUAUUGCUCUUGAUCCACGUGAAGGUUUAUUGUUUUGGUCCGAUUGGGAUGAUAACUUUCCUCGUAUUGAACGUUGCUCUAUGGCUGGUGAAUUUCGACGUACUAUAGCUACAACCUCGCAUAUAUCCGGCGGUUGGCCAAAUGGCCUAACUUUGGAUUACACACAAAAACGUGUAUACUGGGUUGAUGCCAAAUCUGAUUCAGUUAACACUGUCAAAUAUGAUGGUUCAGAUUAUCAUUUAGUGCUUACUGAUAAAGAUAAAUUAUCGCAUCCAUUUGCUAUUUCGGUAUUCGAAAAUUAUGUGUAUUGGACUGACUGGCGUACGACGUCUGUAAUACGCGCUAAUAAAUGGAACGGUUCGGAUAUACAAGUCAUACAGCGAACACAAACUCAGCCAUUUGGGAUACAAAUCCUCCAUUCCAGUCGCCAGCCUCAAGCACCUAAUCCCUGUGGGGAUAACAACGGCGGUUGUUCACAUUUGUGCCUACUGAGCACAAAGAAAACGUUCAAAUGUGAGUGCCCACACGUAAUGCGUUUAGAUCCAUCAAAUAAUCGUACAUGUGUACCAAAUGAACAAGUUUUACUCUUUAUAAUGGGUGAUGAAAUUCGUGGCAUCGAUCUUAUGCAACCAAACCACCACACGAUACCAACAAUAAGACAGUCUCCGCAGGUAUUGGCUCCUCAGCGUAUUGAUUUUACUGUUGACGACAAUACAAUUUAUUGGUCUGAUAUACAACUGAAUGAAAUAAAAACAGCUGGGAUAUCCAACGGACUUAUCGAUACUAUAAUAAAUACAGAUAUUCAAAAACCUUAUGGAUUUGCUGUCGAUUGGAUUACCAAAUACAUGUAUUUCUCUAGUGGAAAAUCAAAAUGUCGCAUAUUGGCAAGCAAUUUGAAAGGAGAAUAUGUCACUGAAAUACAUAAAAAUUUAAAUAUGGUAGAGAGCAUAGCAUUGGAUCCAGUCAAUGGCAAAAUGUAUUGGGUACAUUCGGAUCGAGAAUCGAAAUACUUUCAAAUUGAACAAAGUAAUUUAGAUGGUUCCGGGCGUAACGUUAUACAUCAAAGAACAAAAAGUAUCCAAAGUUUAACAAUGGAUUUUGAUUCACACCGUUUGUACUUUGUUUACGGUCAUUCCGGUAUUGCUUAUUAUGAUAUUAUCAAAAAAACUGUGUUGGAAACAUUGGCUGCAAGUGAAGUAACGACUAUUAGUUCAGUGACUGUAUACAAUGGUUCUUUGUAUUUUGCUGAGAACAUACACAGUGUGAUUAUGGGUUGCGAGAAGGACACCUGCCAGGAUAUGAAAAUUCUCCGUAGUAAUACAAAAAGUAUACAAUCUUUAAAGAUGUUCUAUGCUGAAGCUCAAACAGGAACAAAUACAUGCGCUGGUCCACAACGUGGAGGUUGUGAACAACUGUGUUUAGCUACCUCAGCUGAGACCCAUGUUUGCCGUUGCGCCAUUGGAUACAGUAUUGAUGUUAUUGAUCCAACCAAAUGUAUUGGUAUACCUGAGUUUAUAUUUUAUUCAAAUCAUGAACUGAAAGGAAUAAAUCUACCCGAUCCUGACAAACCUGAUUUAGCAGAUUUCGAGGAGAUGACGGCUCUUGGUCCCAUUUCAUCUAUUUCAUUAGCUACUUUUAUUGAUUAUCAUGCAUCUGAAGAUUAUUUAUACUGGGGUGAUACUGAACAUGGUUCUAUUUCACGCAUCAGACGUGAUGGUACACAACGGAUGGAUAUAUUAGCACCUUUAGAGACAUCCGAUUUAAAGCAACAGGACUGGUUAGGUGGCAUAGCAGUAGAUUGGGUUGCUGGCAAUAUAUAUUGGAGUGAUAUGAAACGCAAUCUCAUAGAAGUUGCACGUUUAAAUGGAUCCUUUCGCCAUGUUGUUGUUUCAAAUGUAGAUAAGCCAACUGCCCUGGCUGUUGAUCCCGUUCAAGGAUUGCUAUUUUAUGCUGCGGAGUUCAUUAUUGGACGCACUGGCCUUGAUGGCAGUCAGUCGUUUAUAUUAGUAAAUCAGACAAACACCGUUAGCAAUCUGAUUUUGGACAUCGAUGCAACUAAAGUUUAUUGGUGUGAAAGCGAUACAAAUACCAUAAUGAAAGUUGAUUAUGACGGUAAUUUAAAAACCCCUAUGCUUAAUUAUAGUCUAGAAAAUCCAGUUGCUUUAGCGAAGUUAGACGACUACAUAUAUUGGGCUGAUAAUAGUCAUAACAAGGGUAGUAUAAAAGUAGCUCCUAUUCACAAUAUCUCCGACUACAAGGAAAUUUUAAGAUCAGAGGGUAAUGCGUUAAAAGAUCUGAAGGUGUUUUCGAAACGUGUUCAAAAGGGCACGAAUCUCUGCGCAGAGAACAACGGUGGUUGUCAUGAGCUUUGUCUAUACAACGGCACUAGUGCUGUCUGCGCUUGUUCGCACAGUCGGGUUGCUAGCGAUGGUGUGUCAUGCGAACCUUAUGAGAAUUUCUUAUUAUUUUCCUACCGCAGCACUAUAGAAAGUGUUCAUAUGACAGAUCACACAAACAAAAACGGACCUGUGCGUGCUAUCCAAAACACUACAUAUAUGCGUAAUGUUAUCGCGCUGACUUACGACUAUGAGAAAAAUCUAAUAUUUUACUCAGAUGUACAGAUGAGUACUAUAAACAAAGUAUAUUUUAAUGGAAGUAAUAAUCAAGUUCUUGUAAGUCAUCAAGGUCGUGUUGAAGGCUUAACUUUCGAUAUUGUAAAUGAAAUGCUGUUCUGGACUUCAAAUAAUGAUGCCUCUAUUCGAAAUUUAGACUUACAGUAUAUACAUGAAAAUCCUGAUAACAAUACGCAAUUAGUGAAUAAAAUUUUGGUACUUAAUUCUAAUGACAAACCACGCGGUAUUGCUGUGGAGCCUUGCAUGGGUAUGAUAUAUUGGACAAAUUGGAAUGAGGACACUCCUUCAAUACAACGUGCUUACGUUACAGGAUUUGGCGUGGAAUCUAUUAUACGCACAGACAUAAGGAUGCCAAAUGGUUUAACAAUGGAUUUUGAGGAACAGAAGCUGUAUUGGGUCGACGCACGUUUGGACAAAAUUGAACGAGCAAAUUAUGACGGUACUCAUCGUACAGUGUUAGCGCAUUCAACUCCUAAACAUGCAUUUUCAAUGGCUGUUUAUGGGGACUUACUUUUCUGGACCGAUUGGGUCUUACAUGCAGUGGUACGCGCUAAUAAGUACUCUGGUGCAGAUGUCGUGUUUUUGCGAGAGAAUAUAGGCAGACCCAUGGGGAUCAUUGCUGUACAGAACACUACCGUCAAUUGCGAUUCGAAUCAGUGUAAAAUAUUAAAUGGUGGCUGUGAAGAUGUUUGUAUAUUAAGCAAAAAUGGUACUGCUAGUUGCCAAUGUACGCGCGGUGUUCUUGCUCCCGAUGGCCACCGUUGCUUACAAACAAAGAAUACAAACUGUAGUAAAGAGCAAUUUAGUUGCAUUUCAGGAGAAUGUGUGCCUUUGGAGUUAACCUGUGAUAAUAUCACGCACUGUUUGGAUGGCUCAGAUGAAUCUCGUAGCUAUUGUAUUUUGCGUGAAUGUCCAUCAAAUUUCUUUAUGUGUGGCAAUCACCGCUGCAUACCACAAAAUCAAACUUGUGAUAAUAUUCAGCAAUGUGGUGAUGGUUCUGAUGAAACUGAGUUAUUAUGUAAAUGCGAACCCGAAAAAUUCCGAUGUACCAGUGGUGAAUGCAUUUCUAAAAAUUUUGUCUGUGAUAAUGUGCGAGAUUGUAAGGAUUUUAGUGACGAGAAACAUUGCGCUCCACGCGAAUGUCCUAACGGCGAUGCACUGUUUGAGCACUGUGCCAACUCUACAGCUUGUUACAUGCCUUCUUGGCGUUGUGAUGGCGACAAUGAUUGCCCUGAUGGUAGUGACGAACAAGAUUGCGACCAUAUAACAAAGGUAGCUUGUGGUCCUGGGCAAUUCCAGUGCUCUAACGGUCGUUGUAUAAAUGAAAAGUGGCGUUGCGAUGGUGAAAAUGAUUGUAAAGAUGGAGUUGGAACACUUAGUUCAGAUGAGCUUGGUUGUCGCUUGCAGUGCAAACCAAAUCAGUUUCGUUGUGAUAACAAUUGCAUUCCCAGCAGUUAUCAAUGCGAUGGUAAACCAGAUUGUGAAGAUGGUUCAGAUGAGGGAAGUCAGUGUCCAAAUCGUCAAUGCCGACCACACCUCUUUCAAUGCAAAUCAUCUGGAAGAUGUAUUCCACAAAGAUGGGUGUGUGAUGGUGAAGAAGAUUGUCCCGCACCUGGCAGAGAGGAUGAAGCAGAGCACUGUGCAGCUGCUUCUGUGCCACAUAUACCAAAUUGUUCACCACCUUCUUUUCUUUGUAGUAAUGGUAUUUGCUUGGAUCGCCGGUAUGUAUGCGAUGGCGAUCACGAUUGUCCAGAUGGAGAAGAUGAGUAUGAAAAUUGUGAACCAUUCCCACAUGCACAAAUUUGUGCGCCAGAUACUGAAUUUCAAUGUCACGAUCUUGAGUGCAUAGCUAAAAACCUGACUUGUAAUAGUAAACCAGACUGUGCUGAUGGUUCUGACGAGGAUCCACAACUGUGUAAUGUUUCUCUGUGUACAGGAAAUGACGAUUUUCGUUGUAAAAAUGGUGCUUGCGUAUCUGCAGAUUUACUUUGUGAUGGCAGAAAUGAUUGCGCAGAUUUCUCAGACGAAGAAUUAUGCAAUGUUAAUGAAUGUGCUAUUCCGGAUCUUUGUGAACAUGGUUGUGUCGAUAAAAUUAUAGGCUAUGAGUGCCAAUGUCGCCCAGGUUACAAGCACCAUAGCUCAAAUCAGCAUUUGUGUGAUGAUGUGGAUGAAUGCAAUGAACAGCAUCCAUGUUCUCAGAUUUGCGUUAAUACUUACGGUUCAUACAAAUGCCUCUGUACUAAAGGUUAUGAGCUUAAAGAUCAACAUACUUGCAAGGCUACCAGUAAUGAAACUGUAAAGUUUAUAUUUUCCAAUCGAUAUUAUAUUCGUCAAGUAGACAUGCGAGGUAAUGGUUCAAUACUUAUUCAUCAACUCUCCAACUCAGUUGCAUUGGAUUUUGAUUGGGACUCGAAAUGCCUUUUUUGGUCCGAUGUAAACUCGACGGUUAGUACAAUUCGACGAUUUUGCCCAAAUGAAAACAAAAUGUUAACUUUACAUCAAGCAAUGUUAAAAAAUCCCGACGGUUUAGCUGUUGAUUGGGUGGCAAAAAAUUUGUAUUGGUGCGACAAGGGCUUGGAUACUAUUGAAGUAUCGAAAUUGGAUGGAAAAUACCGACGUGUUUUGAUAAACGAAAACUUGCGUGAACCGCGUGGAGUGGCUUUAGAUCCAUUCAACCGAAACAUAUACUGGUCUGAUUGGGGCGAUUCACCCCACAUUGGCAAAGCUGGUAUGGAUGGGUCAAAUCCUCGUGUAAUUAUACGUGAAAAUCUUGGUUGGCCUAAUGCUUUAACAAUAUCAUUUGAAACGAAUGAAUUGUUUUUUGGCGAUGCUCGUGAGGAUAUUAUAGCAGUCUCAGAUUUAGAUGGCAAAAAUGUGCGCAUACUACUUGCUCGUAGCAUAAAUCCAAAUUUAAAUCUACAUCAUAUAUUCGCUAUAGCAGUGUGGGAAGAUAAAAUUUAUUGGUCUGAUUGGGAAACUAAAUCUAUAGAAUAUUGUAACAAAUAUAAUGGACAUGAUUGUUCAACAUUGAUUACUACUAUACAUCGACCAAUGGAUUUAAGAAUUUAUCACCCGUAUCGACAACAACAACCAACAACUCCAAAUCCUUGUCUCACAGCGGAAUGCUCAACAUUGUGUUUACUUUCACCUGAAGCACCAUAUUAUAAAUGCGCCUGUCCAAAUAAUUUUAUUUUAGGCAAAGACGGGAAGUCAUGUGUAGCCAACUGCACUGCAGCGCAUUUUCAAUGUGCAAACACCUACAAGUGCAUACCUUUUUACUGGAAGUGUGACACACAGGAUGAUUGCGGUGAUGGCAGCGAUGAGCCCGAAUCUUGCCCUGCUUUCAAUUGUGAGCCAGGACAAUAUCAAUGUGGUAAUAAAAACUGUAUAUAUCCAUCGUCAAUAUGUGACGGCUUAAAUCAAUGUGGCGACUACAGUGAUGAACAAAACUGUGAUAAGUUCACAUGCUUCGAAGGUCAUAUGAAAUGUGAGGCGACCUCGAAUUCAAGUGCAUAUUGUAUUGAUAACGUUAAACGCUGUGAUGGCGUACGCGAUUGUCCUAAUGGUGAAGAUGAGGCUGGUUGCACGCCACUAAUAUGUAAAAAAGGCGAAUUUCAAUGUGGCAAUAAUCGUUGCAUGCCUUUUGUUUGGGUAUGUGAUGGUGAUACUGAUUGUCCAGAUAAAUCAGACGAAAGCAAUUGCGACCAUGUUUCAUGCGCACCAAACGAUUUUCAGUGUAAUUCUGGGCGUUGUAUACCAAUGUCAUGGCGUUGUGAUGGAGAAGAUGAUUGUCCAAAUGGUGAAGAUGAGCCGUCUACAUGUCACUCAUCUAAAGAAAGCUGUGAUCCUACAUACUUUAAGUGCAAUAAUACUAAAUGCAUACCUGGGCGCUGGCGUUGUGAUUAUGAGAAUGAUUGUGGCGACGGUAGUGAUGAAUUAAACUGCCAAAUGCGCAACUGUUCGGAAAGCGAAUUUAGAUGUGGCACGGGAAAAUGCAUAAAGCAUGACUAUCGUUGUGAUGGCGAAAUCCAUUGUGAUGAUAGCAGUGAUGAAAUUAAUUGCAACAUCACAUGUAAAGCAAACCAAUUUAAGUGUGCGGCUUUCAAUACUUGCAUCAAUAAGCAAUAUAAGUGUGAUGGUGAUGAUGAUUGCCCUGAUGGCUCCGAUGAAGUGAAUUGCACUUGUCCAGGUGAUCACUUUACAUGCGCUAAUGGAAAAUGUAUUAUGCUUCGUUGGAAAUGCGAUGGUUGGGAUGAUUGCACUGACGGUAGUGACGAAAAUUUGGAAACAUGCGCACAUGUACAUUGUCAUGCAAAUGCUUUUAAAUGCACAAAUCUGAAGUGUAUACGUAAAUCUGCCUUAUGUGAUGGAGUUAACGAUUGUGGUAAUAAUGAAGAUGAAUCCGAUGAAGUUUGUGCAGCUUUGCCAAAAUGCCGACAUGACCAAUUUCAAUGCGAGAAUGAGGAUUGCAUUUCAAAAAUAUUCCGUUGUGACGGCCAAUAUAAUUGUAUUGAUGGUUCUGAUGAAAUGAAUUGUCAACCGCCAGUCUGUGGUUUCGGUACUUGUUCUCAAAUAUGCAUUGAAAAGAAAGCAGGCCAUUAUAACUGUAAAUGUACUGAUGGUUAUCACAAAGGUCCACUAAAGAAUGACACUUGCUUGUCCUCAGGUCCGGAUCAAGUUCUGUUGCUUGCAUCUGAACAGGAAUUCAGAUUCAUUUUACCAGCAAAACAGGAAGGGACUUCAGUUGUAGGCUUCUUUCAAACAGAUAGCUUAAAAAUUGAUGUUUUUGAUAUACUGAUACGUCCUAAGGAUACAUUGCUCUUCUGGAUUGAUUCGCAUCACGGCAAAGUACAUACUAUGAAAAUAGCUACACCACAAUCAGAUACAAAUACACGUGUACGUAGAGACCUCAAGGAGCUAACAGCGUUUAAUAUACCCGUUCUCAGUGAUCCAAAAUCUCUAGCAGUUGAUUGGAUUACACAAAUGGUUUAUAUAAUAGAUUCGCGUCACAACCAAAUUCUAGCCACUGACAUUGAUGGAAAGAAAUAUGUGUGGUUGGUGUCGACAGGAAUGAAUCCCACAGAUAUAGUACUCGAACCAGAGUCACGUAUUAUGAUUUGGUCUACUUUAGAAAAUGGAAUUUUAGUGGCUUCUUUAGACGGCAGCAAUAAAAAGAGUUUAGUAGAAAGCGACGUUGGCUGGCCAAUAAGUUUAUCUAUUGAUUAUCCAACUGGUAGACUUUAUUGGGCUGAUUAUCGAAAAGGUACCAUCGAAACAUGUCGUUUGAAUGGUAAAGAUCGAAAUGUAGUACGAAGGUUUGCAAAUAAAGAAAAACCACAAAAAAUCGAUGUGUUUGAGGAUUAUCUGUAUAUUAAACUGUACGACCAAAGUAUUAUUAAAAUGAAUAAGUUUGGAAACGAAAAUGGCACAUAUCUGCUUAAGGGCUACCGUUCAUCGGAUAUUGGAAUAUUACAUCCGCUUAAACAAAAUCGAAAUGUUACUAAUCCUUGCAACAAAGAACCUUGUAAAUCGAAACGCGCGCUUUGCAUUUUGUCAUCUGAAUCUGCAGUAGGGUAUUCUUGUAAGUGUCCAGAUGAUCUUGUUAUGUUUGGUGGUGAAUGCAAAGCGCACGCAGAAAUACCUGACUAUUGUCCACUUAAAUGUAAUUUGGGAACUUGCAAAUUAAUAAAUCAUGUGCCUAAAUGCAUAUGUCAGCCACAGUUCGAAGGCGAAUUUUGUGAGCAUUAUAGGUGUUCAGGCUAUUGUUUAAAUUAUGGGCUUUGCACAGUGGCUCCACAAAUGCCGGGUUCAUUAGAACAGCCAGCAUUAAAAUGCAGCUGCACUCAUGGUUGGUCAGGCGCACGUUGUGAAACAUCCGUGCCCGAAUGUCAAAGUCGUUGCCAUAAUGGUGGCUCCUGUUUGAUAACUGAGGAUGGCAUGAAGUGUACUUGCCCCGAAAUGUAUUUUGGCGAACAGUGCGAACAUUGCGUUAAUCUUACAUGUGCAAACGGUGGUAUAUGUCGUGAAACAUUAACUGGAACAACGCAGUGCGAGUGCCCAGAUGGAUUUACCGGUAAACGCUGCGAAGUUAAUGUCUGCAAUGAUUUUUGUAAGAAUCAAGGCACCUGCAGUAUUGGUACUAAAGGCGGUCCGCAAUGUCUAUGCCCAUCAGGCUUUUACGGCGAACGAUGUGAAUCAGACUCUUGCCGAAAUUAUUGUCACAACAAUGGUACUUGUGUCGAUCGUGGACAACGUUUAGUAUGUACUUGUUCGGAACGAUUUGUGGGCGAACGUUGCGAAACUGAUCUAUGCAAGACUUCUAGUCCACCCAAAUUUUGCGAUGAAUCAGAAAUACCAUCUCGCAAUCCAUGUACCGGUAUUAUAUGCCAAAAUAGUGGUACCUGUCAUGUAAUUAAAGGCGUAGCGAUGUGCAACUGCACAGACCAGUGGAAUGGCGAGUUUUGUGAGCGGCUAGUUACCGAAGAUAAUCCCUGUAUAGAUUACUGUGAUAAUGGCGGCGUUUGUCUAUUAGAUGCUUAUACCGUACCACACUGUACGUGUAUUGGCGAAUGGGAGGGCAGUACUUGCAAUAUACCACCAAGUUGCGUUGGUGAAUGUGGCGUUUGUCGCAUAGGAAGCUCAAUUAACGAGUGCAGUUGUUUGAAUGGGAGAAUUAUGCCAUGUGUGUCGGACAGUGCUGACGCUAUUAGUAGUGAGCAGACACGUACAUCAAACGUAGUAUCCAUACUAGCUAUUGUUAUGGCUGUAGCUAUAUUAGUGUUGGGAAUUUUUGGUGGUGCUUUAUACUUCUUGAAAAAACAUCGCAUAUCGCAACCAUUUUCCCAUGCCCGACUUACCGAUAAUGUGGAAAUUAUGCUUACCAACCCAAUGUAUCGCGGUGAUGUUGACGAGGCGCCUUCUUUCACACAUGAUGAGGAUAAGGGGAAUUUUGCGAAUCCUGUUUAUGAAUCUAUGUAUGCUGAUGCAAUAGUUGAGCAAACAGUGUCAGAGCCCUUAAGCACAGCGCCUGAUGAACGCAAAGGUCUGCUGCAGCACUCUCACGAUGACACCAUUACCCCAGAUAUUCUUUGAUGAUUAACAACAAAUGAGAUUUGUUAAACAUACUACAUAAAAACGCACACAACUAUACAUAAACACAAAGGCACACAAAGAUACAGAAUACCCCAUAUUUAUUGUUUAUAUAUACAUAUACCUUGUGAUCAAAAAAAAACUUUUUGGCCGAUCCAUUUGAGAUGCCCAACAACACUGCAAUUUCUCUAAUCGGUUCACAACGAUUUUCUAACACGAUCUGCUUCGCCGAUUCAAUGUUUUCUUCAGUAACAGAAGUUGUUGGACGGCAAGGGAUCUCAUCAUGGUCCAAGCUUGUACGACCCUCUUUGAAUCUUUUAAACCAUUCGUAUACUCGUGGUUGCGACACACACAAAUCACACUUGAAUUCUUUUGCAACACAAAAUUUGAUGCACGCACGUUGUUGAACGAUAUGCGUUCAACUUUGACAGAAUGUGUAUACUAGUGUUGCCAGCGUGAAAAUAAAAAAAAUUUACCGAUUGGAUAAGCGCGGGAAU